AUGGCCGAAUUGAAGAGUGCUUCUCCAUCCUCAACACCCCCAGCGACCCAUGCUGAACAUAUGGAUAUCUCGGGAAGAGAUUAUAGAGCAACAUCUGUAGCUGGUCUACCAGCUCUCGAGGAGCAUGGUGUUGGUAUCGACCACAAAAUCCCACAAGACGAUGCCAUCCAAGCGCAGCCAGAUCUAGCAUGGAGCAGAAUACGACACUACCUGCGCGAGCCUCUCGCAGAAUUCUUUGGCACCUUCAUCCUUAUCAUGUUCGGUGACGGUGUUGUGGCGCAAGUCGUCCUCUCAGGUGGUGCAAAUGGUGAAUACCAGUCAAUUACGUGGGGUUGGGGUCUCGGUGUUAUGCUAGGUGUCUACACAGCCGGUAUCUCCGGAGCCCAUCUCAAUCCAGCCGUCACAUUUGCAAACUGCGUAUUCCGAAAAUUCCCAUGGCGAAAAUUCUUCCCAUACAUGAUUGCACAGAUACUAGGAGCUAUGGUUGCUUCUGCAGUCGUGUAUGCCAACUACAAGUCUGCAAUCGAUGUUUUUGAGGGAGGAAGAUCGUUCAGAACAGUACCAGGAUACUCUGAGACUGCUACAGCUGGUAUCUUCUGCACCUACCCUGCACCCUUCAUGACCAAGACUGGUCAAUUCUUCUCUGAGUUUAUCGCUUCGGCUAUGCUCAUGUUCUUGAUCUAUGCUCUCAAGGACGACGGAAACAUUGGUGCAGGACCACUUACACCUCUCGGUCUAUUCUUCAUCAUCUUUGGCAUUGGUGCAUGCUUCGGCUGGGAAACCGGCUACGCCAUCAACCUUGCCCGAGACUUUGGCCCAAGACUCGUCAGCUACAUGCUCGGCUACGGUCAUGAAGUCUGGUCUGCUGGCAACUACUACUUCUGGGUCCCAAUGGUUGCACCAUUCUUCGGAUGCACAUUCGGCGGCUGGCUCUACGAUAUGUUCUUGUGGACUGGUGAAUCACCAAUCAACACCCCAGGUGCUGGCUUGUACAGACUGGCACAGCCAAAGAGAUCAGUAUGGUCGAACACAUACCAGGAGAGACGUGGACAGAUCACACAUGCAUAA